AUGGAGCUCUGCUGCGACGAAGAGCUCGUAUCGAUCGAGACCUCCAAGUACUUGCCGCUCGACGACGCGGAUUUGGACCUCGCCGACGACUGGUACACUACGAUGCUGCACCAAGAGCGUCUCCGCGUCGCGUUCAACCCAAGCUUUCACUAUGUACAGACACGACGCGUCCUCGUGGACUGGACCUGCGACGUUGGCGACGCACUGCACCUCGAAAAGUGGAUUGUGCACACGGCCGUGGUGUACCUCGACCGCAUUCUAAGCGAAGGCGACAAGCCGCCGCAAACCAAGCUCCAACUCUACUGCCUUUGCUGUCUGUACAUUGCCGCCAAGACGUUUGCCUUGGACAGUGACAUUCCGUCGCUGGACGACAUGCACGCGUAUGCCAACGGCCUCUACUCGACGCACGACAUCAAGCUCUACGAAGCCCGUCUCUUGCAAGCGCUGCACUGGUCCCUCACGGCGCUGCACCCGCUGUCGUUUGUACGCUUUUACGUGGCGUCGGCGCCGCUCUUUCCCGACGAUGCGAUCCACGACUUACGUCUGGGGCAUUUGUCCGAGAAGCCCGAGCUCGUCGACCGCUACAGUGCGCUGGUCGAGUUCCUCGCCGACCUCUGCCUCUCCGAGUACGCGUUCCUCGAGUACCUUCCGUCCGUUGUGGCCACGGCCAUUUUGGCCGUCGGGCGGCGCCUUUUGAGCAUCACGCCUGUCUGGCGGGCCGAGAUGGAAGCGCUGACGGGGUACGCGGGGCACGAAAUUGAAGCGUGUUACCACCACGUGUACCGGCACUACGAGGUACACGGCACCAAGCCGGGCCAGGCCGAAACAUCGCCGACUGCCGUCUCGGAGCUCUAA